AGCAGGCUAGCUAAUCACUUGCUGAUCAAGAGCUCUAAUAACCACCUCAGCUAGAGCGAUCGCGAGUUAGCUUGUUGGCUUGUGAUCGAGGAGCUAGCUAGCAAAGUAGCAAUGGCGUCCAAGGCGUUCGUGCUGUUCCUGGCCGUUAAUCUGGUGGUGCUGGGCGUGGCCAGCGCGUGCUACUCGCCCGACUGCUCGACCCCUUCCACCCCGACAUCCACCACGACGCCCACCACGCCAGGGUCGAUCGGCCAGUGCCCCAUCAACGCGUUGAAGCUGGGCGUGUGCGCCGACGUGCUGGGCCUAGUCCAGGCCCAGGUGGGCGCGCCGCCAGCGCUGCCGUGCUGCUCCCUCCUCAAGGGCCUCGUCGACCUCGAGGCCGCAGUCUGCCUCUGCACCGCCGUCAAGGCCAACGUGCUGGGCAUCAAGCUCAACCUCCCCAUCAACCUCAGCCUCAUCCUUAACUACUGCGGCAAGAACGUGCCCAGCGGCUUCCAGUGCUGAUCAUCAAUCGCGUCUCGACGUAUAUAUACGAAUCUAUGAGAGGGGCCUUGCAUUGCUUUCCAUUUGUUGCUAUUAUUUGAUUUCGUUAUCUCUACCUCAUAUCUAUUCCGUAUUUUUCCUUCCUAUGUAUUUGUUGUAAUAAAGGACCGGUAAUCACUUUGUGUGCCAGUGUUUCAAUAAAGUAUUGUUUGCAGCUAAAA